GCCAGUGCAAUGGGAUAGAGGAGAGUGAGGAGGAGGAGGAGGAGAGUGAAUGAGAGCUGCUGGAUCUGCCUCGCCUGCGUGCCUGCCCGUCGUCUGCUGAAGCUUGGGUUUACCGCCGCGCCACGCUGCACUGGCACAGAGCAGAGUCACGGCCCAUUUGCAGCGCCGUCCACACUCUCAGCACCGACGCAGAGCCACACAGCGCCGGCUCGUACUCCAGUGAGGAAAAAAGCCAGGGGCCGAGCUCACCGGGCUUUCUCCAUCACCAAGGGGGGGACGCAGCAGCUACGAAAGGGGCCUGACGCUACGAUUUAGGCACCAGCUGCUACCUCAACCACAUCCCCCUCCACCUUAUCCCAUCCUUACCAACACCACCACCACCACUCCUCUCUUGCUCCUCCCUAUGCCCUUGUCCUCGGCGGCUCCUCUCACCUCCCUGGCCAGUAUAUGGAUAGAAGCUCCCUGUUUCAGCUCAUACAAGAGCAGCUGGACCCAGACAACACCGGUUUCAUCGCAGUGGAGAACUUCACCAGCUUGGUGGAGCACCAUGAGCUGCAGCUGGAUCCGUCCAAACUGGACAUGCUGUUAGCCCUGGUCCAGAGCAAUGAAGAGGGUCAGGUGUGCUACCAGGAGCUCAUCGAGCUGAUGAGCAGUAAGCGCUCCAGCAGUUUCCGACGGGCCAUUGCCAAUGGCCGCCGCACACUGCAGAGGGAGAUCCUGCUGGAUGAGACGGGGCUGGGCCUGUACAAGCGCUUCAUUCGCUAUGUGGCCUACGAGAUCCUGCCCUGCGAGACGGACAGGCGCUGGUACUUCCACCAGAACCGCCUCUGUCCCCCACCGGUCUUCAUAGCCAUCAUUACUAUCGUGCAGAUUAUCGUGUUCAUGUGCUAUGGCAUCAUGCUAAACAAGUGGAUGCUGCAGACCUAUCAGCCUGACUUCAUGAAGAGCCCUCUGGUCUACCAUCCUGGCCACCGAGCGCAAGUGUGGCGCUUCUUCAGCUACAUGUUCAUGCACGUUGGUUUGGAACAGCUGGGGUUCAAUGCUUUGCUGCAGCUUAUGAUUGGCGUUCCUCUGGAGAUGGUCCACGGCAUCUUACGAAUAAGUCUCCUUUACAUGGCUGGAGUGCUUGCUGGCUCGCUGACAGUGUCCAUCACCGACAUGCGAGCUCCAGUGGUGGGGGGCUCCGGGGGAGUCUACGCUCUGUGCUCCGCACAUCUGGCCAACGUCGUCAUGAACUGGGCCGGGAUGCGCUGUCCAUACAAGCUGCUCCGCAUGAUCCUGGCGCUAGUUUGCAUGAGUUCGGAGGUGGGUCGUGCAGUCUGGCUCCGCUUCUCGCCGCCGCUGCCCUCCUCGGGGCCCCAGCCCAGCUUCAUGGCGCACCUGUCGGGAGCCGUGGUCGGUAUCAGCAUGGGGCUGCUGAUUCUGCGCAGCUACGAGGAGAGUCUCCAGAAACAGUGCUCCUGGUGGGUCAUCGUCUUCUCCUUCAUCACCUUCCUCCUCUUCGCCAUCUUCUGGAACAUCUUUGCGUAUGACCUGCUGGGCGUGCAGAUACCCCCUCCUCCCUGA